AAAAUCUGCAUUUAUUGGUUGUGUUGAGUUGGGUUCAGAGGUGGAGAGCAGAAGUUGCAGCGGAGCUUUAAACACAUGUCAGCAAUUGAGUAGACUAAUAACAGCGACUUUCAAGGACCCUUGUAAGAGAAACAGAAAGUGUCCGUACAAAUGGAAGGAGAGAGAGUGUGCGUGUGUCUGUGUGUAACAAUGUCACUUUUCCUUUUAUAGCUUUUCUUGAUUCUCUUUUCAGGGUCUGGAUAAAUCUUAGUCAAAGAAGAAAUAACCAGAAAAGCACUAAACAACAUCAGGAAUAUUUAAUGUUUUAGCAACCACCACAACAACAACAACAAACCACUGUUUUUCUGUUUCUGGUCGUCUUCUUCUUCUUCUUGUAGUUCUUUGUACCUCCCGUUCUUGUUUUAUGGUUUCUGUGUGUUAGAGAAAAGUUCUGGUUUUUCUUUUAUUUCUGUUGUUGUCCAUGGCAACUGUUGCUGGUGGAGACCAUAAUACAGCUUCUAGCAACACUGCUACGACUACAUGGUAUGAGUGUCACCUUCUCUCGUUUGGGUAUGCCUUAAUAUCUUUUGUUUUGAAACUUUCCUUGUUUUCUUUUUUUCCUUUUUUAUUCUCAUUUAGGUGUUUGUGUGUCUGUUACAUCUUUUACUUAAUAUAAUAAUUUAUUCUAUGAAUUCUUUUUACAUAUAUGGAAUUGUUAGUUUGUUUCCAUUUCGUACUGGAUUGCGUAUACAUAUAUAUAAUAGUUGUUGUUGUUUUUCUUUUUCGGUUAUGAUGUUUUUUUAUUCGUUAAAAGAAUUGGUUUAAGGGAUUAAUAGAUUCAGGGACCCAAUGACGGUAGCACUAAAAUUGGGAAGAACCCUCUCUUUAUGAUAUGCCUGGUUCGAUUUGUGCUAAAGCCCUUUCUUCUUUUAAUGUUCAUUGAAUCAUUGGCUGUAUUUAAGAUUGUGUUAUUUGAUAACUAAAUAUAAAUCCCAGCAAGAUUUUGCUGUCUUGUAACUUCUUAAUUUCUUAUAUGUGCCUGAUUUUCAAGAAUAUGAUAUGAAAUUUGGAUGGUAGUUUUUUUUUUUUUUUUUAAUUGUUGUUAUGACAUCGAAGCUUCCUGGGUCUUAUGUGGUCCUAUUUUUGUCCAAGUUUCGUUGGUGAAAUUAGUUCCGGAUCUAUUCUGUCUCCAGUGGUCAGACAGGCAGCACACUUGGGUUAUUAGAAUGGGCGGAUGCAAAGGAUUUUUGCCUAUUAUCAGAGAGAAACCAACGAGCAGAAGUUCCUCCAAAACAAAAGAAAUUUGGCAAGAUGCUUUCUUUCUCUCAAUCUUCCAGUGACUUGAGACAUUCGGUGACAGAUAAGAAUAGACGAGAUGGUUCAUCUCCAACAGGAGUUAUAGAAGCCUGCUUAAACGAUUUUGAAUCUGGCUCAGGCUCUGCGGAACCUGCCGAUAAAGAACCAGAAGUUGAAAAUUCUAAUGUGAGAGCACAUUCCAACUGGAGUAGAUUCUUUAAGUUGUGGAAAAGAAGAUCAAUAAAGCGCUUAACCUCCUUCACUCCUCUCCCUGUACCAAAUGUGCCAACAAGAAAAAGCAGAAGCACUAGAGAGAACCCAGAGCUGAGAGAUUUAUUUAAGUUCAAGUCUUCAUUGAAGGAUUUCUCACUUGCUGAGCUAGAAACUGCAUCUAACAACUUUAGCCGUGAUAAUAUUAUUGGAAAGGGUGGUUUUGCUGAGGUUUACAAGGGACGUCUGCAAAAUGGAAAGCUAGUAGCCAUCAAGAGGCUUAGUAAAGGAACUGCUGAUGAAAAGACAACAGUCUUUCUGUCUGAGCUUGGCAUUAUGGCCCAUGUCGACCAUCCUAACACUGCUAAAUUGCUCGGGUGUGGCAUUGAAGGAGGGAUGCACCUUGUCUUUGAAUUGUCUCCACUGGGGAGUCUAGGAUCCGUUCUUCAUGGUACCAAAGGAGUCGAACUUGAUUGGAGUAAGAGAUAUAAAAUUGCUCUUGGAAGUGCAGAAGGACUGCUGUAUCUUCAUGAGAAUUGUCGGAAGCGAAUCAUCCAUAGAGAUAUAAAGGCUGAUAAUAUUCUUCUUACAGAGGAUUUUGAGCCUCAGAUUUGUGAUUUUGGGCUUGCUAAGUGGCUACCAAGACAGUGGACUCAUCGCAAUGUAUCAAAAUUCGAAGGCACAUUCGGCUAUUUUGCUCCUGAAUACUUCAUGCAUGGUAUAGUUGAUGAGAAGACUGAUACCUAUGCGAUGGGGGUGCUGCUUUUGGAGCUCAUAACAGGCCGUCCGGCUUUGGAUCAUUUACAGCAGAGCCUUGUGAUAUGGGCUAAGCCUUUGCUUGAUAACAAUGACAUUAAAGAGCUUGCCGAUCCUUCUCUUGGCGACCAUUAUGAUAUAGAAGAGAUGGAACGUGUGAUUUUGACUGCAUCUUUGUGCAUUGAGCAAUCUCCUAUCUUACGUCCUCGAAUGAAUCAGGUUGUGAUACUGCUAAGAGGUGAUGAAUAUGUGAGGGAGUGUGCAAAAGAAAACCAGAGGAAGACCCUGCAAAGAACUUACUCGGAAGAGCUCUUGGAUGCCCAAGAAUACAAUUCAACCAAGUAUUUGAAUGAUCUCAAACGGCACAAGGAGCUUGCUUUGGGUUGUUGAAAAUGCAUCUCUUAAGAGAAACCAGCACCCACCCAGUAGCUAUGUUAGUGUUAGUUAGCUUUUAGCAGUUUCAGGAAUGGAGUUUGGAACUCCUAUGGAAAUAAAAAAAAUCACAUACCAUAUCUGUUUUCCCUGGCAUUUGAAGGCACUUCGUCGGGUGCAUGAAUUCCAUGUAAAACAUCUUGAAGUGAGCUGUAUUUCCAUAGGUGGAACAAACACCUUCUCGUUCUUCCAUUACUCUGACUCUGUAUAUACGAGCUGCUUUUCCAGACUUGAGAUGUUGUAUGGAAGAUUAAGUUUCAGCUUUAUAUAGAACAGAAACUUAUAGAAUUUGUUUAGCUACAGUUUCUCUUUCAUUUUCUUGGUCAGGUAUUCCAUGGCACCUUGCCACUUUUUUUACUGAAAUAGGAACAGCAAAUCUGGUGAAGGAGAACAGCCCAAUUUUUACUAAAAGGCCUAUCAGAAAUGUCUUGAAAUGGGUGGUGAUCUGAACAGUCGUAUGGACCUUGCCUACUUGAUUUUUCUUCUAAUAACAGUAUUCGUGCGAGAUAUUUGUUUUUCUAAUG